UUGAUUUGAUGAUAAAUAUUUUUAUUAUUAUUAUUUAACAAAAAUUCUGAUUAAUUUAUUUGAAAAAAAAAUGUCAAACGAAACUAAUAAUAAUAAUAAUAAUGUUGCAGUUGAAGAAUUACCUGAAGAUCCUACAAUUAUUGAUCCAAAUAAAACAUUAAACGAUGGUAAAACUUAUCUGAUUACAAAACGUUAUGAAAAAUAUGAAGAUUCCGAAGAAUCAACUGAUUAUGAACCAAUGGAAUUGGAUCUCGAUUCAAAAGAAUUAGAAUUUACACAUUGUCGUAUAGCAACGAUUAAAAAUUUCAAUGUACUCAAUAAAACUGAAUUUCUUGGUUUACGAAAUAAUUUGAUAAACAAAAUUGAAGGUCUAACACAGCUUAUCACACUUCGUGAGCUUGAAUUGUAUGAUAAUCAAAUUGAAAAAAUUGAAAAUUUAUCAAACCUAAUAAAUUUAGAAAUUCUUGAUCUUUCAUUUAAUCGACUAAAACGUAUCGAAGGACUUGAUACAUUGGUUAAUUUGAAAAAAUUAUUUCUUAUUAAUAAUCAAAUUGAAAAAAUUGAAAAUUUAAAUCAAUUGGUUAAUUUGGAAACAUUAGAAUUAGGUGCAAAUCGUAUAAGAAAAAUUGAAAAUAUUGAAAAUUUAUCAAAACUUGAAAAUUUAUUUUUGGGCAAAAACAAAGUGACUAAAUUGGAAAAUUUAGAUCAUCUUCAUUCGUUAACAUUGUUAAGCAUACAAUCAAAUCGUAUAAUCAAAAUUGAAGGAUUGGAUUGUCUGACGAAAUUGGAACAACUGUAUAUUAGUCAUAAUGGAAUAAGCAAAAUUGAAAAUCUUGAUAAAAAUCUAAAGAUUAAUACACUUGACUUGGCUGGCAAUCAAAUCAAACAAUUUGAAAAUAUUGAACAUUUAAUUGAACUAGAAGAACUUUGGUGUAAUGAUAAUCAAAUUAAUGAUUGGCAUAAUGUUGAAAUAUUGUCCAAAUUACCAAAAUUAUCAACAGUUUAUUUGGAACGAAAUCCAAUCGCAAACGAUCCUAUGUAUCGUAAAAAAUUAAUGCUCAUUGCACCUUUAUUGAAACAAAUUGAUGCAACAAUAUGUCGAUAGAAUGAUGAUUGUCGUUGACCAAUCAAUAUUACACUGUUGUUGUUUUUUUUUCUCCAAUAUUUUGUGAUUUUUGACAAUAUUUUUUUUUCAUCUAUUUUUUUCCACACAAAAAUAAAAUACUUAUUUGUGAUUGUGAUUGGUUACCCUCUUAUCACGAUGACAAAACUUUA